GAUCGAGUAACCUAAGUAAACUUGUAUCGUAAUGGCAAAACAUAAAGUACUUCUCCUUGGCGCGCAUGGCGAGACUGGGGGCGAUAUCUUGACUGGCUUGGUUGAGGAUGGGGAUUUCGAAAUAUCGUGCCUCGUGCAGCCAUCCUCGACAGAGAAACCAGCCGUUAAGGCCCUCGCUGCCCGCGGCCUCCCCAUCGUUGUCGGAAACCUCUCCGGCGAUGUCAAUGAGCUUGCGAAGGCGCUGGAGGGGUUCGAUACGGUGAUUAGCGCGAUUCAUCCCCAUCAAAUUCUGGCGCAGGUGAAGCUUGUGGAUGCGGCGAAGAAAGCUGGUGUGAAAAGGUUUGUGCCAUGCGAUUUCGCUGUGGUGAUCCCGCCGGGUGGCUUGAUGAAGUUGAGGGACGAGAAGGAGGUUGUGCAUCAGAGAGUUUGGCAUGCGCACCUCCCUUACACUUUUAUCGAGAUCGGCUACUGGCACCAAAUCUCUUUAUUCCGCGUCCCAUCCGGCCGUUUCGACUAUGCUCUCACCUUCGAUAGGCCCGAGGUCAUUGGCGAUGGCAAUACUAGAACCCUCCUUAGUGACAAACGCGACAUUGGCCGCUUCGUCGCGCGGAUCAUCCGGGACCCCCGCACGCUAAAUCGUAGUGUCGUCGCGUGGAGCGACGAGAUCAGCCAAAACGAGAUCAUUUCACUCAUCGAAGCCAAGACCGGCGAGACUCCAUCUGUCUCAACUGUCUCUGCGGAAAGACUCGAGGCCUCAAUCACUACCGCAGAGCGCAUGAUUAAGGAAGAACCUGGGAACAUGCUUGCGUGGUUAAAGAUGAACUCUGGGCAAUACGAUCGUUCGAAGUGGAUUCGGGCUGAUGGGACGCUGGAGAAUGCUAAAUAUUUGGGGUACUUGGAUGCGAAGGAGCUGUACCCAGAUCUGAAGCCAGUGAACUUCGAAGCGUUUUUAGAUGAGUUGGUGGAGGGAAAAGUGACGAGGCCAUAUGAAGAGACGGUCCUGAAGACGUUUGUUGGACAGAAAGGGGGAGGAAAGGAGAGGUUUGUGCUGAGGAUUGGUGAGUAGUUGUGGUAGCAUCAUUCAGAGGUAUUAUACAAGAUGUGAAUCACA